AUGGUGGAGAGAGUUCUGGGUAAAGUGAAAGCUGGCACCCCUCAAGAGAGUAACAUCUGGCAUCUCAUGGGAAGUCGAUGUUGCAGAGAUGAUGUACGCCUUGGCAAGAAAGCCCCAGCAGAGGAAGUAUUAGGUGAAAACAUUGACAAGGAGAAGGAGGCAGAGAUGAACUUUGAAGAGGAAAACCCACUGAAACAAGUCAGAGAUGAGUCGAAACCAGAGGAGGGAUUCUCAGGAAGAAACACGGAAACAUCACAAGUACUUCCUGCUCCAGACCAGCUGACUGUUGACUCAGUGGACACCACAUCAGCUGCUGUUAGCUGGAACCAUCCACCAGGAUUGGACCAAACCCAACAUCAUUACCAGAUCUCCUACCGCUGUUCAGGGACAGAACCACACAUCACUACCACAUCUUCACACAGCAUCACUCUCUGUGGCCUGAAACCUGGCACUGAAUACUCUGUCACUGUCUGCACUGUGCUGGAAAAUGAAAAGCAAAGUAAACUGGUGUUAACAACCUUCACCACAAUACCCCCUGCUCCAGACCAGCUGACUGUUUAUUCAGUGGAAUCCACAUCAGCUGCUGUUAGCUGGAACCAGCCACCAGGAUUGGACCAAACCCAACAUCAUUACCAGAUCUCCUACCACUGUCCAGGGACAGAACCACACAUCACUACCACAUCUUCACACAGCAUCACUCUCUCUGACCUGCAAUGUGUCACUCAGUACUCUGUCACUGUCUGCACUGUGCUGGAAAAUGGAAAGCAAAGUCAACUGGUGUCAGCAACCCUCACCACAAUACUUCCUGCUCCAGACCAGCUGACUGUUGACUCAGUGGACAUCACAUCAGCUGCUGUUAGCUGGAACCAGCCACCAGGAUUGGACCAAACCCAACAUCAUUACCAGAUCUCCUACCACUGUCCAGGGACAAAACCCCACUACACUACCACAUCUUCACACAGCAUCACUCUCUCUGACCUGCAAUGUGGUACUCAGUACUCUAUCACUGUCUGCACUGUGCUGGAAAAUGGAAAGCAAAGCAAACUGGUGUCAACAACCCUCACAACAGUACUUCCUGCUCCAGACCAGCUGACUGUUGACUCAGUGGACACCACAUCAGCUGCUGUUAGCUGGAGCCAGCCACCAGGAUUGGACCAAACCCAACAUCAUUACCAGAUCUCCUACCACUGUCCAGGGACAGAACCACACAUCAUUACCACGUCUUCACACAGCAUCAGUCUCUCUGACCUGCAAUGUGGUACUCAGUACUCCGUCACUGUCUGCACUGUGCUGGAAAAUGGAAAGCAAAGUCAACUGGUGUCAACAACCCUCACCACAAUACUUCCUGCUCCAGACCAGCUGACUGUUGACUCAGUAGACACCACAUCAGCUGCUGUUAGCUGGAACCAGCCACCAGGAUUGGAACAAACCCAACAUCAUUACCAGAUCUCCUACCACUGUCCAGGGACAAAACCCCACUACACUACCACAUCUUCACCCAGCAUCACUCUCUCUGACCUGCAAUGUGGUACUCAGUACUCCGUCACUGUCUGCACUGUGCUGGAAAAUGGAAAGCAAAGUCAACUGGUGUCAACAACCCUCACCACAAUACUUCCUGCUCCAGACCAGCUGACUGUUGACUCAGUGGACACCACAUCAGCUGCUGUGAGCUGGAACCAGCCACCAGGAUUGGAACAAACCCAACAUCAUUACCAGAUCUCCUACCGCUGUCCAGGGACAAAACCACACUUCACUACCACAUCUUCACACAGCAUCAGUCUCUCUGACCUGCAAUGUGGUACUCAGUACUCUGUCACUGUCUGCACUGUGCUGGGAAAUGGAAAGAAAAGUCAACUGGUGUCGACAACCCUCACCACAAUACAUUUUCAGUGGUGGAGGAGACCCUCCAGAGUUGCUGCAGUGUGUGUUCUACUGGCUUUGAUCAUAGACCUGUUGAAUUUCUAUGCAGAGAGAAACCAGCUACAGAAUAGUCUAAAUACCAGGACUACAGAGAGAGACCAGCUACAGAAGGAGAUAGAAAGACUGAACUGGGCGAACAAAGGGUCCUGUCCUGAAGGAUGGAGAAGGUUUGGCUGUAGCUGUUACUACCUCUCUACUGAGGAGAAAUCCUGGAAUGAGAGCAGACAGGACUGUCUGGAGAGAGGAGCAGAUCUGGUGAUCAUUAACAGUGAAGAGGAACAGACAUUCAUCAAUGGGUUUGAAUCAUUCCGUUUUGCCUGGAUUGGUCUGACUGACUCUGUUACUAAGGGGACCUGGAAAUGGGUGGACGGCACCCCACUGACCACCGCAAGGUAUUUGUCGGGUAGAGGGCUUGGUGAUCGUACAGACUGGAACUGUGGGUUAUCAGAACAAAGAGGAUGGAUGGGCUAUGAUUGUUCCGCUUCACUACAGUGGAUCUGUGAGAAAGCUUCUCAUAAGUUCUUUCUCUGCACUGCUGAAUAAUGAACUCUACUGUAUGUUAAUGAUGGUCUGAAGACUGGUGUGAUUUGAUAGAAUGGUACUCUGAAAUACACGUUGGUGAGAAACACACACAAACGCAUCCACACAUUCAGACACACACACACACACACGAAGACACUGAUCUGAACCUGAGUCUCCCCAGGAGAAACCAACGUCUUAAUUAAACGAGGUAAUUCCCUCUUGGGCCGAGAGCUGACACACAAUUUAUUCAUAUGUCAAACAUUGAGGUUUAGAAUAGGGGUAUAAUAUCAUUCAAUAGCUGCUGUCAAUCAAUCACUGUUAAGUUUUACACUUCUAAACACAUUUAAAAUGACUGUUUGAUUAUUGUGCUUUGUAUUAUUCUGAACGUAAACACUGUACUUCCUGCUAAUUCAAUAAAUCAUUCAACUGAGAUUAAAGACA